AUAUAUCUAUAACUUUGUAUCUUAUUACCCGCCAAACUUCAUCUCCUUCUUCACUUCAAUAAACAUAAAAAAAAUUGAAACUAAAAAUGUCAUCCCUAGAAACUUCCACACAUCUUUCUCUCUCAAGAAUCCUCUCUCCAAUUUCCACUCUCUCUCAUUCUUCUUCUUCUUGCUCGCUUCUAAUUUCACCUUCACUUUCCAAUCUAUCUCUAUCCAUAUCAUCUCUAUCUGUUCGAAAACGACACCGUUUUACAACACCUCAACGGUCAUCGAAAAACGAGUUUCAAUCAGUUGUGGAAGAAGAAGAAUUAGAUGAAAUUGAAGAUGAUUUAGAAUCCGAUUUUGAAGAUGUCAGUGAUGAAAAUUUGGAUGUGGAUGAGCUUGAAUCGGAAGCUGUUAAAGCCGUUCGUGAAUACUCGAUUUCUUUAUCAAAGGAAUUGAAAAUUGAUGAGGAGCCAAUUGGUGAUAAAGAUACUCGUGGAAGAAAAAAGAUUCGGGAAAGUGUCAGCGCCAUAAAUAUACCUGACCAUCUUCUUCCAAAGGUUUCAAUUGUUGGAAGACCAAAUGUUGGUAAAUCGGCAUUAUUUAACCGCCUUGUUGGGGGUAACAGGGCUAUUGUUGUUGAUGAACCCGGGGUUACAAGGGAUCGCUUAUAUGGUAGAUCCUUUUGGGGAAAUCAUGAAUUUAUGGUGAUUGAUACAGGGGGAGUUCUCACAGUUUCAAAGUCGCAGACCGACAUUAUGGAACAACAGUUAUCUGUCUCAACAACCAUUGGCAUGGAAGGUAUUCCUCUUGCUUCUAGAGAGGCUGCUGUUGCCAGGAUGCCAUCAAUGAUUGAGAGACAAGCUACUGUGGCAGUAGAAGAGUCAUCAGUCAUCAUAUUUGUAGUUGAUGGCCAGGCAGGCUUGAAUGCAGCUGAUGUAGAAAUAGGGGACUGGCUUCGGAAGAAUUAUUCACGCAAAACUAUCAUACUAGCUGUUAAUAAGUGUGAGUCUCCACGAAAAGGAAUUAUGCAAGCAUCGGAGUUUUGGUCUCUUGGGUUUACACCACUUCCUAUAUCUGCCGUUUCUGGAACCGGAACUGGAGAACUACUCGAUCUUGUUUGCACAGGAUUAGGGGAAAUUGAGGAUUCAGAUGUUCAGAACAAAGAAGAAGAUUAUGUUCCUUCAAUUGCGAUUGUGGGGCGUCCAAAUGUUGGUAAAAGUAGCAUCCUGAAUGCUUUGGUCGGAGAGGACAGAACAAUUGUUAGUCCAGUCAGUGGGACCACACGUGAUGCUAUUGAUACUGAGUUUGAAGGACCAGAUGGACAGAAAUUUCGUCUCAUUGAUACUGCUGGAAUCAGGAAAAGAGCAGCCGUGGCUUCAUCAGGUAGCACAACCGAAGCUUUGUCUGUCAAUCGAGCAUUUCGUGCUGUUCGACGUUCUGAUGUGGUAGCUCUUGUAAUUGAGGCUUUGGCCUGUAUUACAGAACAGGAUUACAAGAUUGCCGAAAGGAUAGAAAGAGAAGGCAAAGGUUGUUUGAUUGUUGUGAAUAAAUGGGACACAAUACCAAAUAAAAACCAGCAGACAACAUUGCAUUACGAGGAAGAUGUUAGGACAAAGCUUCGAAUUCUUAAUUGGGCACCUAUUGUUUAUUCAACUGCAAUAGUUGGGAACAGCGUUAAUAAGAUCAUUGUUGCUGCUAGCGAUGUUGAAAAAGAGAGAUCGAGGAGACUUAGUACAGCCACAAUAAAUCAAGUGGUGCAUGAGGCUUUAGCUUUUAAGUCGCCACCUAGAACACGAGGUGGGAAGAGGGGACGCCUCUAUUAUUGCACUCAGGCAGCUAUUAGGCCGCCUACUUUUGUGUUCUUUGUGAAUGAUGCAAAGCUUUUCCCUGAAACAUAUCGGCGUUAUAUGGAGAAACAACUUAGAUCUGAUGCUGGAUUUUUGGGCACACCAAUCCGUCUUCUAUGGCGAAGUCGGAGGAAAUCAGAGAGGGUUGCUGGACAAGAUCCAGCAUCAAAACCAAAACUGAAUCUCACACAUAAAAAGCUGGCUGUUGCUACAUGAUCCAUACAGUGGCAGAGUAAAGUGUGAAGGACAACUGCCAACAAUAUCUUGAAGAAAUCACGAGGGUAUUCUACGCAUUGAUUUAUAUCUCUAUGAGUUGAUGGUGGCCGUGGGACGGGGUGUGGUCAUGGCCCCCUUUCUGAUGAAUGCGAGGAAUGAGGAUGAUGGGCCAAUUCAAAAUAGACAUCCCUUAAUUCAUUUCUCUGUAUGAUUUCUUUGUGGAGAACAUUAAAAAUACAUGUGUGUAACGCACAAGUUUCAUGCGGUGUUUACAUUUUGUUUGCAUGGUGCAUUAAUGCAAUAAUCUUCGGGAACGUUGGCCAGAAAAUGGACGUAUCUAAUUCCUGUCAAUGCUGGAUGUCUCAAAAGCAUGGUCUACUCUGCAUAUAAGAAUUUGUGUAUUUCAUUAAUUGGUUUAAGUCACUAGAUUAGUGACAAUUCCUUUAUUGACAUGGUUGUCCAUUGAAUUGAAUUAUUGAUAUGUAUCAUCUUUUUAAUUUUUACAUGGUUGACCAGCUAGUGACCUAAUGACCUGCUAUAACAGGUUAAUUGGUCUACUCCGUUGUCUCUCCAUAUAAGAAUUUGUGUAUUUCAUUAAUUGGUUUUAAGUCACUAGAUGAGCAAUGUACAUUAUUUCAUUGA